AUGGAGUUAACAAAAGCUUGUGAGAAACACUAUGAACUGGAGCAGGAGUUGGCUUUCUUUAAGAUAGACUCAAAGUUUGGAAGCCUUGGCCAGGUUCCACCUACUUAUGAUAUGGAGGACUACGAUGGUGAGAAUGAUUUGAUUGGAGAAAGCCCUUAUAUUGGCAGAGCACGAUACCAAAAAAAUCAGUAUGCAUUCAAGAAGAACCUAGCAUCAAAGGGUCAACCAAUCAGAAUACAGCAAUUAGCGGGAAGUAGUGAUAUUGGAGCAUCUCCAUCAUUUCUCAGAGAUUCACCCCAGCAGGCUGAUCAUAGUACAGGUGCAAGUUAUCUUGAGUCCAGUGGGAGACAGGCAGAGGGUGCAGAGGGAGGAAGGGCAGUUAAUAGAUCACUCUCCAUACAGUCACCUCAGACAUCUCCCAUCCACCCUGAUGUACGUGAGACAUUGAAACAAACAAUGGAUGCAGAGUUGGCUGAUAAAUACAGAAGUAUAGAGAGAGCCCAAGAGAAGCUGGCCAAGCUACAAGGUGAGCUAGAAGGCACCCAAUCACAACUCAUUCAAGCUACUGAAGAGCUCCAGAAACUUUCCAACCUCUCUCCCAGGAGAGUUCCUCUAGCAGAAACUGAUAAAGGAGAGCUUAGGAACACACUUGCAUCAAAAAUGCAAAUGAUCAGUACUCUGCAAGACAACUCUGCCCAGAUAGAAGAGGGAAUGCUGACAGCCCAGGGAGACAUUCAACAAAAUAAAGCUGAUGUGGCUGAACUGAGAGGUCGCAUGCAGAGAACUGACAGUCAGGGGUCCCUUUAUCGAGUGAUGAGAGAAGAAAUGUCAGACAAACAACAUCAAAUAGACACAAGAACUCAAGAUUACACAGAGCUCCAAGCACAACUUGAAGAUAUGUUGAAUCAUAUAGCACAAGAGACAAAUGAUGUCAAAUCUAUAGAAAAACAGUUACGUGAGGGCCAGGUUGCACAGAAUGAUGCAUUGCGUAGUGAACUAGAGGGUGUUGUAGGUGGACUCAAGACAUAUCUUCACAAUGUUAAACAGAGGGCAGCCAAUCAGAAUGAAGCAUAUAAGUCACUGCAGAAUGAGAAGGAUGCAUUAGAGGAAAGAUUACAUAACCUUGAGAAGGAGAUGGGCAUCAUGGAUUCAGAGGCUGGAGGUUAUAUGAAAUUAAGAGAAAAAUUGCAUAACCUUGAAGUAUCCUUACAUACAAAAGAUGAAGAAAAUCAGAUGCUGAAAUCACAGCUUGAUGAAACACUCUCUGCUGAUGCAAACAUUGAUCGUGACAUAAAAUUAGCUCAAGAAGAAAUUGAGGCUCUGAGACAUAGCCUUAAAGCAGCAGAACAAAAAUCAAUGGCUGAUAAACAAGUUUUGUUAAAUAAACUUGAAAAUGAACAAAAGAGGGCAGCACAGGCUGUUGAUAAAUUAAAACAGGUAGAUGUUGGAAAAGAUAUGAUGGCCAACAGAAUAAAGGAGCAACUUGAACACAUGCAGGCAGCUAACACAGAGCUUCAAUCCCAGUUACAAGAAAGAGACAAUGAGAUCCAAGAGUUACUCAACAAGUCAACCCAGCCUCAACAUAUUCAACAGAAACUACAGGACAUGAUGGAAAGCAUUGAUGCAGGCCAGGCACCAGAUGAAUCCAUAUUUGAAGAACCAAAUGAGGUUAAUGAAGCUUUAAUGGAGAUGCAGCGCCAGCUAGUGGACAAAAUAUACACUAGCCAGGCAGAUGUGAAGA